AUGCCCUCAGUCUCCUUUGCCUCUGACUCCCACAGGGGCGGAGGAGGCGAACAGAGUGACACAGGUCGUAACGGUGGAGGUGAUGGCUCUGGUGCUCAACUACGGGUCCCAACUAUGCCUUCGCUGACCCGCGGAUUUUCACUUGUUCCCGAACGGCUGGUAAAGGGCAGUUCCCACCAAAGGCAGGGAAACAAGGGGAUGUUUGGUUGUGAAACUGCCAUUCGCAUUCUCGCCUACCUGGCCGCAUUCGUUACCCUUCCAUUUUCACUGGUCAUGUGCCUAAAGGUGAUUGCUCAGUACGAGCGUGCGGUUGUAUUCAGACUUGGUCGCCUAGUUUCUGAGAUACCAAAAGGACCAGGAUUGGUGUUCAUCCUUCCCUGCCUAGACAACGUGAAAACAAUUGAUCUGCGAACCUUCACCUUCAAUGUUCCUACUCAGGAAGUGCUCACAAAGGAUUCUGUGACGGUCGCCGUGGACGCAGUCGUCUACUACCGGAUAUUUGACCCUGUCAUGUCCGUUGUCAAUGUUGAGGACGCCAAUCGUUCUACACGCCUUCUAGCUCAGACCACACUGCGGAAUGUGCUCGGUACAGUGGAUCUUUACCAACUGCUCACUGCCCGCGAACAGAUUGCCCACCUCAUGCAGGAUUGUCUGGAUCAGGCGACGGAAACAUGGGGCGUCAAAGUGGAACGCGUUGAUAUCAAGGACGUUCGUCUGCCCAUCCAACUCCAGAGGGCCAUGGCAGCCGAAGCCGAGGCCGCUCGAGAGGCGAAGGCCAAGGUCAUUGCCGCUGAGGGCGAACAACGGGCCUCCGUAGCCCUGAAGGCUGCCGCCAUGGAGAUUGGAGAAUGCCCCAUUGCUUUGCAAUUGCGUUAUCUCCAGACCCUUUCCAGUAUAUCGGAUGAGAAGAAUUCAACCAUCAUAUUUCCCCUGCCGAUUGACCUCCUGAGUCUCUUUCAUCAGGCCUAUUCUGGACAUCUGAUGUCUGUUCGGGACAGUCGGCAACAGAGUGAAGGCACGCUGCAGAGCGAUGAUAUUAUACCGCCGCCACCGCCCCAACGAGCUCACAUGGCGGCUCAUAAGGUGCAGUCUGCCGACAACGGGGAAGAAGCUCUGAUCUGA